UUACAUUCCCUGUGCACAGACAGCAGUAUGUUAUGAAGAUUGAUGGAUAUCAAGAGAAAUUGCUGAUUAAUCAAAUAUUUCACAAUCAAGGGUUCCCUAAUGAUGUCUACCAGCCCAGUAGCCACCCACAAAUAUUUACAUGAGAGCUAGACAGGACACCUCAUCUAAUAAACCCACCCCACACACAGAAUGAGGAGUCUACUUAUUUUCACUGUGUGGCUGAUCCUGGGAUGGACCUUUGCAUCAUGGUCUAGUUCUCAUAACCAUGGACAGGGAACCAACCUGCGUUAUGGCAGCCGUCGGGCUAAAAGUCAGAAACCAAACAUUGUACUGAUUCUUACAGAUGACCAGGAUGAAUUGCUGGGGUCUAUGGAGGUGAUGCCAAAAACAUUACGCAUUAUGAGAGACCAGGGUGUUCAUUUCAACAACUCGUUUGUUUCCACGCCCAUGUGCUGUCCAUCACGCAGCUCAAUCCUGACUGGACUGUACACACACAAUCAUAACGUACACACAAAUAAUGACAAUUGUUCUUCUCCAUUUUGGCAGAGGACUCAUGAAACUCGAACUUUUGCUACCUACCUCAAUAACGCUGGCUACAGAACAGGGUACUUUGGAAAGUACCUAAACGAGUAUAACGGGACGUAUAUUCCUCCGGGGUGGAGGGAGUGGGUGGGGCUUAUCAAAAAUGCCCGAUUCUACAACUACACUGUGAAUUUUAAUGGCAAUAAAAUGAAGCACGAGGAUAAUUAUUACAAUGACUACUUUACUGACCUAAUUGCCAAUGAUAGUGUUACUUUUCUAAAGAACAGUAAACAGUAUUUUCCUAAAAGGCCAGUAUUAAUGGUGCUGAGCGUCCCCGCCCCUCAUGGCCCUGAGGAUGCAGCUCCGCAGUACCAGCAUCUCUUCUUUAAUAACACACUACACAGAACUCCUACCUGGAAUGUGGCCCCUAACCCAGACAAACAGCAUUUGUUAAAAAUGACGGGAAAGAUGGAGCCAAUUGAACAGAGAUUUACCGACAUCCUUCAACAGAAAAGACUCCAGACUUUGCAGUCAGUGGAUGAACUUGUAGAGAAGGUAUAUAAUGAGUUGUGGUAUUUGGAUGAGCUGGAGAAUACAUACAUUAUUUACACCUCAGACCAUGGCUACCACUUGGGACAGUAUGGAGUUGUGAAGGGCAAGUCUUUGCCAUAUGACUUUGAUGUACGCGUCCCACUGUAUAUCCGAGGACCUGGAAUCAAACCAAGAUCCAAGAUUUCUAAUAUUGUGGUGAACAUUGAUUUGGCUCCCACUAUCCUUGAUAUGGCAGGUGUAGAGAUUCCUAGUCACAUGGAUGGACGGUCCAUGAUGAAAUUGAUCAAGUCCAAGAAUUACAGAGAGCAAGCUCAUGGUGGUGUUGAUUCUGAUACCUUUGUGACUACACGGAGACCUUGGAGAGACACAGUCCUAUUGGAGAGGGGGAAAGUAACCAAGAAGAUUAGGAAAGAGAUGAUGAGACAACAAAAGAAAAAUUUCCUAGAAACAGUAAACAGUUUACCCACCAUUAGUGAGUCCUACCUGAAAUAUGCCACUCCAAAACAGAAAAGGAUUUUCAAGGAGUGCUCCAAACCAGAAAACCAAAGCCCUUGUAAAAAGGGACAGAAAUACCAAUGUGUUCAAGAAUUUGGUCGAGAUUUGCCGAGGCUGAUGAAGUGUCGGUUGAAGGAUAAGGGUAGGAGAAAAAUGCAGAGGGAUGGAUAUAUUAAGUCAAGGAAACAUUGCCCCUGUGGUCGUAGGAAGAAGAGAAUGAAUCGAAGAGAAAAACAGAGUCAAACCGAGUUCUUGAUGAAGCAUGCUAGCAAAGAUUUUACACCCAGAUUUAUCAGAACCAAGAGAUCCUACCUCCAAAUGAUUGGUAAUGCAAGCUACUCACUACAGAAUUCUAUACCAGUUCAGCCAUUUGACCGUCGCUGUAGAGUUUUACCCAAUGACACCGUGACUUGUGAUAAUAUUCUGUAUCAGGACCCAGUAGAAUGGAAAAAUCAUAAAGAGAAACUUGAUGAAAUGAUUGAAGAGUACAGAAAAAUGCUUGAAGAUCUAAGGAUCUACAGAAAACAUCUGAAGACCUCUAAACCCAAGGAGUCAUUCCUCAAUGAGUUUGGUAAUGAGAUGAAUGGCAGAGGUUAUUUAGAUUCAGACUGUGAACCCUGUAGCCAAAGUAACAGCAGACAAUAUGAAAGGAAAAAGGAAAUAGAACAAAGACGUCGUCGCAGACGAAAUAGGAAGAGGAGAAGAAAGCAGCACACAGUGGAUUCACCCUUGUGGAAUUCUACGUACUGGAACUUGCCACCUAAUGAGAAAGUAACACGUCGUGAUCACCCAGCCUGUAGGAGGGCGGCGAUGGACUGUUCCCUGAUGGACAACAGUCACUGGAAAACACCCCCCUACUGGACCAAUGGACCAUUUUGCUUCUGUACAAACUCGCACAAUAACAAGUACUGGUGUAUCCGUACACUCAACACUACACAUGAUCUACUGUACUGUGAAUUUAUUAACAACUUUAUCAGCUACUAUGACCUCAAAAAAGACCCAUUUCAGACAAGGAAUGCUAUACAUGAUGUUAAUUAUGGUAUUCUACAACAGCUGCAUGAGCAGCUGAAUGCAAUGAGGGCUUGUGAAGGAUCAAAAGAAUGUAAUAAAGCUGGGCUCUGGUACAGAGAUGAAAUCAAAUCCAAUAAUGGCAUUGCUGAUAAGGCAGUACCAGGUCUAUGAUAGAACAUUUCAGAAGGGGGGGUACUGGACUACCCCCCUAGAGAGACAUGGCCUAGCAGGGCUAGGAAAGUGCCGGACAGAUUGUGUUCAUUCAUAACUUUUACUAUCACCCAUCAUACUGUGAAAUCUUCAUUGCGUUGGCAAUUUAUGAUAGUCCGAAUAAUGUGAUAUUUUUUGUGAACAUCAAGGAAAGACUUGAAAUGUUCUCUUCAUUUUUUUUUAUUGUAACCUUUAACUAUGAACAUGUAUUUAUGAAGAGGUUGUUAAUUUUACCUCACAUGGAAAUUAUGUACUUAAUUACAGUUACAAUUUGCCAUUGACACCUAGAAGGCAGUAAGAAUGUUCAUUGUUUUUUAACGUUGGACAGUCCGUGUCAUUUCUAUAUAAAUAUGUAGUUCAUUGGUCAGUAUUAGAGUAGUGAUUGAUUUCAUUUUAGACUGUAGUUUAUGUUGUCUGAUAGUAGUCUAAAUAGGAAGCUGUGUGUGUUCAUUUCAUUCAUAUCUUAUUGUAGGGUCUGUAUUUUUAACUGCGAGAGGGAUGUAAAGGUGUUUUUUUGUUCCACGGGUGUUUUCUAAACAAUUCUAUGAACUUCCAUUUCAUAUUCUAUGUCCAAGAUGCACUAGAAUUUGGAAAUCAUUCAAUUCUGAUCUUGAUUUUUUUUAACAGCUUGAUCUUCUCAGCUUGUUAAAUCAGGGUUGAUUUACAUGUGUCAUAUAAAACUACAAUCCAGUAGAAGAAUCUCAGAUCAGGUUAGGCUAGCUAGAUAUGAAUACAGUUGUGUUUACAUGAUAGGAAAGAGAGCUUUAAUAGUUUUCCUUUUAAUUACCAUUGUUUUAUACAUGUAUUUACAUAAUGUAUUGGUCAUCAUUGUUUAUAGUGCUGCAUUAUUAUUUUGUGAUACAGUGUUUUUUGUGAAGUCUUUAUUUGUUCACUUUACUCUGUGGAUAAUGUAUGGUGGUCUCUGCAUUCCUUUAUCACUUCUAAAUGUUUCUUGAAUACAUUUUAUACCAAUGUCCUGUAUCUUUUAUAUUUUGAAUUUCUUCUGAAUGGUUGGUGAAAAUUUUCUAAUGAUAACAAAGAAAAAAAUUAAAUUGUUUUCAUUCAUAUUUCAUAUUGUACGAUUCUGGAGCAAAUGACCAAUGUAGAUUGAAUUAUAUCACAAUACAAUGUAUAUUCUUGUAAGUCUGCUACAAACAUUGAAAAGGGAUUCUGUACAUCAAUUUGAUAAAUAUGAUCUAUUGAAAAAGUAAAGGUGGCAGUUGAA